UGAGAGAGACUGUGAUGUGUGGUUACAAGUCACACAGCCAAUUGGUGAUGGAGCCAAAGUGAGCCGGGGGGUCUGGCUCCAGGGUGCAGACUCUACCCUGCACUGCCACGGGGGGAGUGGAGAGGAUGGGGCCGCCCCCAUAAAGGCCGAGCUGACGAGACUUUACAACUCAGCGAAUGUGGGAGCAGAGAGGGAGAGACUACCUAAAGGUGUGCCUGUGAAUCAGCUAAUCCUGGGGCCCCUUCCUGUGGACCUGGACACCCUCGGAUGAGCUGGAGUGAAAAUCUUCCUCUGGAGCCCAGCCUUGGGGUGGCCCAGCAUGGAGGCAGCCACAGCUCUGGAGGUGGCCUCGGGAUCCACACCGAAGGUGAAAGAAGCCAGCCUAGCCGAUGCUGACGGAGCCCAGGCUUCACCUCGGCGGGGGGCCGUCAGCCCCAUUCCCCAGCUCCUGCCCCCCACAGAAGAGCACCCCAAGAUCUGGGCCCAGCACUCCUUGGAUCUGACCCCUGUUGCAGCUGGGAGGGGCAAGAGGCCUCUCGGGGCAGCUCACAGCCUUCUCCCCAUUUCUCAGGGCAAACCCCAACCUCAAGCCAUCUGCACGCAUGACGGCUGCACCUUGGACGCCAGUCAUGUGAGCAUGUGGAAUGGGGAGCGGGACUCCAUCCUCCUCAUCCGAGAGGCCCAGCGUGCUGACUCGGGUCACUACCAGCUCCGUGUGCAGCUGGGCGGGCUGGAGGCCACCGCCACCAUUGACACCCUGGUGAUCGAGAGGCCAGGCUCUCCUCAGAGUAUCAAGUUGGUGGAUGUCUGGGGCUCCAGCGCUACCCUGGAGUGGACUCCGCCCCAAGACACGGACGCACUCCUGGGGUACACGGUGCAGAAGGCUGACACCAAAUCUGGGCUGUGGCUCACGGCGCUGGAGCGCUAUCACCGCGCCAGCUGCACAGUCUCCAACCUCAUUGUCGGCAACUCCUAUGCACUUCGAGUCUUUGCUGAGAACCAGUGUGGGCUCAGCCAGACAGCCUCUGUCACUGCUGACCUGGCCCACAUCCAGAGAGCAGCUACUGUUUACAAGACCGAGGGGUUUGUCCAGUGAGAUUUCUCAGAAGCCCCGAAGUUCAGCCAGCCUCUGGCAGACUGCACUACAGUCAUUGGCUGUGACACCCAGCUCUUCUGCUGCGUCCAUGCCUACCCCAAGCCAAAGACCAUCUGGCUAAAGAACAAGAUGGAUAUCCAAGGCAACCCCAAGUACAGAGCCCUCACUCACCUGGGAAUCUGCUCCCUAGAAAUCCACAAGCCUGGCCCCUUUGACGGGGGCAUCUACACCUGCAAGGCCGUUAACCCCCUGGGGGAGGAGUCAGUGGACUGUCGGGUGGAUGUGAAAGACUCCUAAUUAGCACCAUGGACUCCCCCCAAACCUGGAAGUAUAUCCCUUCUAGAUGCUCUGAAAGGUUUCCC